AUGACCGCCUUCUCCUCGUACCACAGAAACGCUGGCAUGGCAGCACUAAUGCUCCUCCUGAUCCCGGCACUGCUGAGUGUGGCGGUGGCCGGGGGGCCGCCGUUCUCGUGCGGCCCGUCGUCGCUAUCGCGAGGUCUCCCGUUCUGCAACAAGAAACUCCCCGCAGCGCAGCGCGCGGCGGACCUGGUGUCGCGGAUGACGCCUGCGGAGAAGGUGGCGCAGCUGGGGGACAUCGCAGCCGGGGUGCCGCGGCUGGGCGUGCCGUCGUACAAGUGGUGGAACGAGGCGCUGCACGGGGUGGCCAUCUCCGGCCGCGGGAUUCACCUGAAUCAGGGCGCCGUCCGCUCCGCCACCAGCUUCCCGCAGGUGCUGCUCACCGCCGCCGCGUUCAACGACAACCUCUGGUUCCGCAUCGGCCAGGCGACCGGCAAGGAGGCUCGGGCACUGUACAACAUCGGCCAGGCGGAGGGGCUCACCAUGUGGUCCCCGAACGUGAAUAUCUUCCGGGACCCGCGGUGGGGCCGCGGCCAGGAGACCCCCGGCGAGGACCCCGCGGUGGCCAGCCGGUAUGCCGCCGCCUUCGUCAGGGGUCUGCAGGGGAGCAACAACAACUCGAAGGGGGCAGCGCCGCCGGUGCUGCAGACCUCGGCGUGCUGCAAGCACGCCACGGCGUACGACCUGGAGGACUGGAAGGGCGUGUCGCGGUACAGCUUUGCCGCCAAGGUGACGGCUCAGGACCUGGCGGACACGUUCAACCCGCCGUUCCGGAGCUGCGUGGUGGACGGGAAGGCCAGCUGCGUCAUGUGCGCCUACACGUCCGUCAACGGCGUGCCAUCGUGCGCCAACGCCGACCUGCUCACCAAGACGUUCCGGGGGAGCUGGGGCCUGGAUGGAUACGUCGCCGCCGACUGCGAUGCGGUGGCCAUCAUGCGCAACUCACAGUUCUACCGCCCGACGGCGGAGGACACCGUCGCGGUCUCGCUCAAGGCUGGAUUAGACAUAGACUGCGGCACCUACAUCCAGCAGCACGCCACGGCCGCAAUCCAGAAGGGGAAGCUAACGCAGCAGGACGUUGACAAGGCCGUCAAGAACCUCUUCGCCACCCGCAUGCGGCUCGGCCACUUCGACGGCGACCCCAAGACCAACAUGUACGGCGGCCUCGGCGCCGCCCACAUCUGCACGGCGGAGCAUAAGAACCUCGCGCUCGAGGCGGCGCUUGACGGCAUCGUCCUGCUAAAGAACACCGCAGGCGUUCUUCCAGUAAAACGGACGGCGGUCGCAUCGGCCGCUGUCAUCGGCCACAACGCCAACGACGUUCUGGCCCUCAUCGGAAACUACUGGGGCCCGCCGUGCGAGCCGACGACGCCUCUCAAGGGGAUCCAAGGGUACGUCAAGAACGCGAAGUUCCUGGCCGGGUGUAACUCGGCGGUCUGCAACGUCGCCGGGACGGCCCAGGCGGUCGCGCUGGCAAGCUCAUCGGACUCCGUGUUCCUGUUCAUGGGGUUGAGCCAGCAGCAGGAGUGCGAGGGGCGCGACAGAACGAGCCUGCUGCUCCCGGGGAACCAACAGAGCCUCAUCACCGCCGUCGCCAACGCGGCGAAACGGCCGGUGAUCCUGGUGCUCCUCACCGGUGGCCCGGUAGACAUCACGUUCGCACAGUCGAACCCGAAGAUCGGCGCCAUCCUGUGGGCCGGCUACCCUGGCCAGGCCGGUGGCCUCGCCAUCGCCAAAGUCCUCUUCGGCGACAAGAACCCCAGCGGCAAGCUGCCGGUGACGUGGUACCCGGAGGAGUUCACAAAGUUUCCCAUGACGGACAUGCGGAUGCGCUCCGACCCGGCCACCGGCUACCCUGGCCGAAGCUACCGUUUCUACAAGGGGAAGACCGUCUACAAGUUCGGCUACGGCCUCAGCUAUUCCAAGUUUUCCCACCGGCUAGUCACCGGCAGCAGGAACCCGGCGCAGAACACAAGCCUACUCGCUGGCCUGACAGCGACGUCCGAAUACAACGCAAGCUACCACGUCGACGACAUUAGCGCCGAGGUGUGCGACCAGCUCACGUUCCCGGCCGUGGUCAAGGUGAAGAACCACGGCCCAAUGGACGGCAAGCACUCGGUGCUCAUGUUCCUCCGGUGGCCCAACGCUACCGACGGCCGGCCGGCGAGUCAGCUGAUCGGGUUCAGGAGCCAGCACCUCAAAGCAGGGGAGAAGGCAAACCUCAGGUUUGACGUCAGCCCGUGCGAGCAUUUCAGCAGGGUGAGGGAGGAUGGCAGGAAGGUGAUAGAUAAAGGGUCCCAUUUCCUCAUGGUUGACAAGCAUAAGUUGGAGAUUAAAUUCGAGGCUUGA